CAUUGAAUGAGGACAGUAGGAGUAGUGGUGGUAGGAAGAGAACAGCCUACUUAAGUAGUGCUACAACUUCUAAGAUUUUAUUAAGACAUGAACAUGGCUUUUGUGAAAGUUAUUCAGAUGAUCGAGUUGCUCUGCUUUUUCUUGUUCUUGGUUCUUAAUCUGAGUACUGGAGUAGGAGGAUUGUCGGUGGUGCAUAAGGUUGACGGAAGUGAUGGUUCAUUGACAGCGGAAAACUGCAAUUUCCCUGUGGUUUUCAAUUUUGGAGACUCAAACUCGGAUACUGGAGCUAUAUCAGCAGCGUACGGUCAGAUGCCUCCUCCUCCUAUUGAACAAACUAUCUCUGGAAAACCUUCUGGGAGGUUCUGCGAUGGUCGUCUCAUCGUUGAUUACAUAGCCAUGGAGUUGGGUUUACCCUACUUGCGAGCAUAUUUAGACCCCCUUGGACCAGGUACGUUCAACAAUGGAGCCAAUUUUGCAACGGGAGGAUCAUCCAUUGAAAAAGGCGGUUACAGUGUCUUUGAUCUAUCUGUUCAGGUUUCACAAUUCCGACAAUUUAAAUCCCGAAUCAUUGGCAGUUAUAACUACACUGAUCAGCAACAAGGUGAAGUCAAUCUACCGAAACCAGAGGAUUUCUCCAAAGCUCUGUACACAUUUGACAUUGGACAGAAUGAUAUUUCAUUCGGACUUCAACAUACAUCAGAAAGGGAAACACGUGGUUCAAUUCCUAGAAUCCUUAAUAAAUUCUCCGAAGUUGUACAGCAACUUUACAAUGAUGGAGCAAGGGUGUUUUGGGUACACAACACAGGACCUGUUGGAUGUCUACCUUACAGUUACAUUUAUUACCCCAAGAAAUCAGGUAAUAUAGACAAGAAUGGGUGUGUGAUACCUAUGAAUGAGAUAGCUCAAGAAUUCAAUAAGCAACUCAAGUCCAAGUUAGGCCAACUUAAGGCCAACCUCACACAUGCAGCCUUCACAUAUGUUGAUGCUUAUUCAGCCAAGUACAACCUAAUCAACUCUGCUAAGAGUCAAGGUUUUGUUGACCCACUUGACUUUUGCUGCGGGAGCUAUUACGGCGUUCAUGUAGGCUGCGGUGAAACGGUUACAGUAAAUGGGACGGUGUAUGGCGAGCCUUGUGUUACUCCAGAGACACAUAUUAGUUGGGAUGGUAUACAUUAUUCAGAAGCAGCUAACCACUGGGUUGCUAAGUACAUUAUAAAUGGUUCCAUGUCAGACUCAUCGAUUCCGAUCAAUCAAGCUUGCCACGCGCUUUAAUCCUUUAUUAUUAUUAUCAUUAUAUAUAUUUCCUAUGCCAUCUUAUAUUCUUGGAAAAAAGAAGAAAGUAUGCCAUCUUAUUUUGCAAUUGAGAUGGGUGUAAUUCAUUAUCUGCUGUAGUUGGUAUCUUUAAUCUAAGAAAUAGGUUUUACA